ACGACCAGCGCACUCCCCCUAGCUCCCUCCCUCAGUCUUGCCGCGUCGGGGUGAGGGGAGGGCCGCGCAUAGCCUCUCUCAUUUGUUUUGGACGCACGCUGUGUUCCUCCUGCCACUGCUCUUCCCUCCCGUGUGCUGUUCCCUCAACUCCCCGCAAGUGCCGAGGCGCUGGAGAUACAUGAAGUGAGAGCCGUUAGCGCCGAGAGAGAAAACGGGGAUAUUUUUACCAAGGCAUUGUUUGUGCACGUUUCUCUCGGCUUUGUUCUCUAAGGUUUUUCAAAGGGGGGUCUUUCCAAGGGGUUUUCGGGUCUUCAUCCACCCCUGGUUCGCGUCUCUGGGUUAUUGUUUUUAGUAUUUUUGGGGUUUAGUGCAGGCGGAAUGGUCAGGCAGGGCAGGUGGUCCCGCGCCGCCUCCUGCUGGUGACGAGGCCGUGGCGUGGCUUCCCUCACGUCCUCACAAGGGAGAAUGGCGUGACGCACAGGUGUAGGCAUCGGGCGUGUGUGUGAGUGCGUGUGUGGGUGAGUGCGUGAGUGCCUGUGUGUGUGUGUGUGUGUAAGUGUGUGUCAGUGUGCGUGUGGAGGAGGAGGACGAGGACGAGGAGGCAGCAAGCACCAGCCAGGCAAGGCAAACAAGGCAAGCGAGGCGAGGCAAGCACACAUCUCCAUUCGGGGAAAUCGAAGUGCCUGACCCCGCCACGCCGCUCAUGAGAACACGAAGGCGGGGAAGGAGGCGGCGGCUGUCACCAUAAGCCACUCCAGUCCCACCAUGGCCAGCGCGGCGGGGACACAAGCCAUCCAGCAGGCACAGCAGGCGCAGCAGAACCCGCAGCAGAAUCCACAGCAGCAGAAUCCGCAGCAGAACCAGCCUCCGAGCUCCCAGCAGCAACAACAGCAACAAACGCAGCACAAACGCCAGGCAUCAUGCAAGACCAAAAGCUCCUCCGCGGAUUACGCCAAUGUGCGGACCACGGAGGCCACGCAGACGCAGAUCCUGGAGCGCAUGGUGGGCGAUCGUGUGUGCGUGACACGGCCGGAUGAAGACAGGAGAAGGAGAACAAUUAUCGUGGAAAAGGAGAACAAUAGCUUCGGCUUCACCAUACAGAGUUACGGAAUCCACUACAAAAGAGAUGGAGAGAUUGAAGUCAUUACCUAUGUGGACUUUGUGGAAUACAGUGGACCGGCGUUUAGAGCUGGCAUGAGGGAGGGUGACGUGAUCCUCUCCAUCAACGGCCAGGACAUGGAGAAGGCAGACCACAAGACACUGGUUAACUUCAUCCAGAGCUGCGGAGACAGAAUGAGAAUGGUUGUGCUCUUUGAAGACUGUGUGCAUAAGGUGGAGCUCCACAUGCGGUACAUCCAGCUGCAGCGCCUCCUGCAGGAGAAGAUGAACGACCUGGAGCGGCUGUGUCACCAGGAGAAGUCGCUGCUGGCGGGCAAUCGAAGGGAAGGAAAAAGCGGAGGAAGACAAAGUGAAGACAAAAGGAAAGUAGGGAGAAGGAAAGAAAAUAAAGAAAAUGCAAGACGGAACGAAAGAAUAGAAAAACUCAUAUAGAAAAACAAAACAAAACGAAAAAAAAAAAAAAAAGAAAGCGUAAGAAAUGAAAACUCACACACACACCUGCUUAGCUUCCUUUUACAUUACGUGCCAAAAAAAAUAAAUAUAAAUAAAAAAACACAACCAAAAAAACACAAAGAGAAAGACUGAUAAAGAGCAGACAACCUCACACACAUCUCGUCCCUGAAAACGCGACUCAAUACCGGCAAAGUUGAAAGGAACCAACGUACAUGUCGUGGCGAAAAAGUCAAGCAUAACUUUGUGACCAUAUUCUGAAAUGCUUAUGCGCCGCACCUCCACUAAUAUGAAAAGGCUUAAGUUGAAGUUACACAGAUUUUUAAGGCUUUUUUUAUUGUUCAAGUGGUAGAUUAACAAUUUCUUCAUUAUUAACAGGAGAAACACUAUUGAGAACCCGGCUAAUUAUCUUUGUGGCUCUGGAAAAUUAUCGUCGUGAUGUUACACAGGCUUUUAAUGGUAUUUUUACAGUUCCAGUGGCAGAUAAACAAGAUUUCUACAUUUUAGACUGAAGAAACACUUUUAACAACCCACUUAAUCAUCUCUGUGGCCUUUGAAAAUAGUCGUGGUAGAAGAGCGAAGCGUUUCAGAACAAUGGCCAUGUACUUCUGCUGUCUCGUGUUUUCUCUCGAUCAUAACCCUUCUAUUACUUUAGUCGCAUUGAGAGAAAAGAAGUUAAUUUUAUCCUUUUAUGCUACAGAAGUAUUUACAAAAGUAUUCACAAGAACUUAGCACAAAAAAAGUCCAAAAAAGUUAUAAGAGUAUUUUUUUUUUGUCUAAGCAUAUCAAAGGAACUACGAUUGAGAGAAAACACAACACAAGAAGCAGUGGAAGUGAGCACAUGAGUUACCUGACUCGGCCACGACUGUACAUUGGCACACGGGCUAGAAGUACACGUCUUCCCUGGGCAUGCAAACUGAGACAUUCAUUUCCUGGGGACUGAGACAUGACCUAGAGUACGAGUGUGUCUUCCUGGGAGUCAGAUAUUCGCUAUUCAUUUUUCCUGGUGAGUUGAAGUGAAAUUAUUAGAAAACAAUUUUUUUACGUAUACACUAAACAACGCGUUUUCUCCGUGAGCUACAACUCUAAAAAAGAAUAUAAAUAAAUAAAUAAAUAAAAACGUAACUUUUAUAUUUAACUUCAAGUGAAAUGAUUAGAAAACAAAUUCUUUACGUAUACACUAAACAACGCGUUUUCUCCGUUGAGCUAAAACUUUAAAAAAAAAAAUAAAUAAAUAAAGAAUACGUAACUUUUAUACUUUACUUGAAGGAACGCAUCUCCCUAUGGAAUUAAAAGUUACGAUACAUAUUUUUCCCCGGAGACUGAAAUAAUUACCUCAUUGUAUAUAUAAAUUAAAAGAACGUGUAUUCAUUGCGGGCUAAAACUUCAAAUAAUGUACCUGCCUUUGUAUAUAAAGUUAAAGGGGCGCGCUUCCCCUGAGGAUUGGAUGUUGAAAGAAAUCUACCUGAAGUUCUAUAAAUUUAAAAGAACGAAUUUCCUCUGAGGAUUGGAAAUAUAAAAGAAAGAAUCAGCCUCUAUAUUGAUUUAAAGGAAUGCGUUUUCUUCGAGGAUUGGAAAAUUAAAAGAAUCUUUCCGCUUUUCUGUAUUGACUUAAAUGAACAUUGUCUCCUCUGAGCAUUAGGAAUUUAAAGAAUCUUCCUGCCUUUCCAUACGAUCUUAAAGGAACGCGUCUCUCUUGAACCAAAAUUUGCGUUACUUGUCCUCGAUGAAAAAAAAAAAAAAAAAGUGUCUUCCCUUAAUAUUACAGAAUUGAAAAAAAAAAAAAAUUCCCAAAAAAUUCACGGAAGAAAAUCAGACAAAAUCACACAAAAUAACCAAUAGAUUAAAAGACAAACAAGAAAAUUACUGAAAGAACUAGAACCAAAGAAAAAUGAGCCAAAAAUAAAAACAAAAUAGAAAACUACCCAAAAAAAAAAAAGUAACGUAAAAUUAAAGAAGACAACCUUAAAUAAAAUACAAAACAAUGAGCUAAGGAAUUUAAAAGGAAUGAAUUAACCAAGGGGCCCAAAUGGAGUGUAUUGUAGCAUAGGAAAGUAAACAUUGGUGCGAGAAUGCCGUAGAGUUUAACGUGGGAAAGUGAAUCCAUGUCUCUGUCGCUGGUGAAGAUCAUUGAUUGAGUCAGUGAGGGAGAAGAAACAAGAAGAAACACACGAAAUAGGAGAAAUAGGAAAAAUAGAACACGUUAAUAGGGAAAUAUGUCUACAACACACACACACACACACACACACACACACACACACACACACACACACACACACACACACACACACACACACACACACACACACACACACACACACACACACACACACACACACACACACACACACACACACACACACACACACACACAUUAUAAACUACAGCCAUGAAUAUUAUUAACAUAUGUACACUGGUGGCGACACACACACACACACACACACACACACACACACACACACACACACACACACACACUUAAAGGCGAUAAUCCCGGUGGAAAUGGAGGAAUUGUGAGCUUAAUUGAAAGUGAUAUUAAGUGUAAGACUGAGAGAGAGAGAGAGAGAGAGAGAGAGAGAGAGAGAGAGAGAGAGAGAGAGAGAGAGAGAGAGAGAGAGAUAAUGACUGAUUUGAGAAUUAAAGAAAACUAAAAUAGGAUUACAAAGAAAAAAUACCUAUAUAUAAAUGAAAAAAAAAAUUAUAUUAUAUCAUUAUGUAAUUUUAAGGAAAGGAAGUUAGUUCGUAAAAAAAAAAUAAAUAAAUAAGUGAAUAAAUUAAUAGUUAGGUAAAUAAUAGUCAUUCUAAAAGAUAUAAAAGAAAGAAAAAAUAGUUAAUAUAUUAAAAGAAUGAAGUGGAUGAGUGAUUAUGUCUGUAUUGAUGAUGAUGAUGAUGAUGAUGUUAAUUAUUCACAACCACUUAUGACUACACACACACACACACACACACCAAAACUAACGAACAAACAUUCACGUAAUAAUCUCUCUCUCUCUCUCUCUCUCUCUCUCUCUCUCUCUCUCUCUCUCUCUCUCUCUCUCUCUCUCUCUCUCUCUCUCUCUCUCUCUCUCUCCUAAGGCAUAUAUAUUAUCAUAAACAAACAAUGGCAGUAUUUACUCUUACCCAAUUAAAACUUUUGAUAGUAAUGUAAACCCUUCAUGUAAACACACACACACACACACACACACACACACACACACACACACACACACACACACACACACACACACACACACACACACACACACACACACACACACA